GAUAGCGCCUUGCGGUGAUUUAGAUAAACGACAGGCAUAAGCUGACGAUCUUGUGGCACGCACGGUGGAGUUCCCAUUCUUUCAGUGCAAUAUCCGGGUUCACUUCUACUCCAACCUCAACUGCUGUAGAGUUUAGCAACAAUGGGUUGGAGCUUCCAUGGCAAGAAGAAAGAUGUUGAUGCUGAGAAGCAUCUGAGACGGCUGCACAAGACGACACCAUUUAUCGAGUCACCAUUGGCCGGCGCCGAUCAGGAGAACCUCGUUUUCUCGCAACGACACGAAGCUAGCACCAUUGAGCUCUUCUUUGAUUUGUUCUUCGUGGCAAAUCUUGCGACAUUCACUGCGUAUCACUCCAUCAGCGAUCUUGAUUAUCUGCUUGCAUACAUUGGAUUCUUCGGUAUCUUGUGGGCAACGUGGUUCCAGAUCACACUCCACGAUGUCCGCUUUUCCAGGGAUUCGAUCUAUGAGCGUGUUUGCAAGACUGUUCAGUUCAUCUCUUUCGUCGGACUGGCUCUUGUUGGCUCAUCCUUCAACCCAACAGGUGACAAGACAAAUAACAAAAAUUUUUCGAUCCUAUGCUACGUCUUAGUAAUUAGUAGAGGUCUGCUUGCAGUCCAAUACUCAGUAGUACUAUUCUACACGAAGCGAGCUCACUACUCGAAACUCUAUCUACCUCUAGGUUUGAUGAUUGGAACCUAUGCUAUCGCUACUGCCAUUUUCGGAGGAAUGAUUCCCCUCUAUAGGGCGAAUGUGAAGGCACCUCCGGCACUAUACAUGGUCUGGUACGGCGUUAUGAUCGCUGAAGCUAUCGUGGUGAUUACAAUAUCGUGUUGCUGGCGCAUGCUCAGCUUCAAAAAGACACAUCUGAUGGAGCGCAUGAGUCUACUCACUAUCAUCGUCAUUGGCGAAGGUGCCAUCGGUGUCACCAAGACAGUCGGCAGGAUCAUGGGCAAGGGCGGUCUCAACGUUGAAGGAUGCUUUUCGAUUAUGUGCAUCAUCGUCAUUCUGGUCUUCAUUUGGGCUCUCUACUUCGACAACUUUCCCCACGGCCAUUAUGGAACUAUCCGACAGCAGAUCUGGUCCUUGCUCCACUUCCCAUUCCAACUAGCCGUGGUUGGCGUGGUAGAGGGCGCGCAACAGAUCGUGAUGGCACGCUAUGUCCUUAAAAACGUCACCAAGGGUACCUUGGACCUACACAAGAUAUGUCAUGAAAAUCUAGAUGGAGCCCAGCUGCGGGAUGCACUGAUCGCUUUCAUUGGAUACUUCAAGUUCGACAAAAAGCUUGAGACAUAUGACUACUACAACGACAUUAUGGCCUCGAUCGAGAGCAUUGGCAACGCUACCGGUAUAUGUUCUCAACAGAAUGAGGCUAGCUACCAUAGCAGCGGAAUCUGGCCCGAGGACUUUCAGUAUAUUGACAAUGCCAUUCACAACGGAGUCUACGCAGGCUUGGGUGUCAAGAUACCGAUCGACAAGCUCAAAGCUUUGUACGAGCCCAUUGACAUUGCGGAAAAGAGCUGGUGGUUGACGUACAUGUACUUCUGGGCCUGCUUCUGCGCUCUCAUUCUCUCGCUCAUCAUCUUCCUCUUCCUCAUCCGCCGCCACAAGGUCGACAUUUUCGACGUUGUGUCCGUCAUCAUUCGCUGCCUGGUCCUUGCAGCCGGUGGAGCCGCUCUUUGUGUUCUCAUGAGCAAACAAAGACUCGUCGACCUCCUCAACUCUCCGGCUAUCCUCCCUAUGGCUGUGGUACUCAUGUUCGUCAUCCUGUGCUGCGACAAACUCGCCUCGCUCUGGUGCAAUUGGCGCCUCAUCAAGUCUGGCAAGCCAUACGCACUGGAAUACGACGAGGAGCACCAUCACCACGGAGGCCACGACGAGCAUGGCGAAGUCCACAUGGCAGAAGACGAAGAGCAUGGCAAUAUACACCAUGGCAGGCCGGAGCUGAAGAGCCAUCGCAAGUCGGCGGGUUGGGGAUCGGAUACCAAGGAACUGUCACAAGAGGUCACGGAUUAUAGUCCAGACCGCUACAGAGACAGCACACACGAAGAUGACUCGGCACGGCCGCUGCAAAGCUCCAGUCCGCCGCUGACGCAUCCCAAGAUGGAUUCCAGUGGGUACAUGCCUGUUGCGCAUUGAUGCGACGUGCACGACAUGGAUGGCAUAGAACUGGGGCUCUUCAAUGGUGCAGCUAGGCAGCGAUGACGAUCAAUGGUCAAUACUUUGUUAAUACCUCUACUCCGAUUGUUUACUCUGGCGUUUGUGCCCAUGCGGCCAAAUUGUGCAUUGCUCCGCACCGU